AUGUCACAAGAAGAAUUGUGGAAACAGACCAAGAUAAUUGGAAUCAUUGGCCUUGGUGACAUGGGAAUGAUGUACGCAAGGAGGUUCACUGAAGCAGGGUGGAAGGUGAUCGGAUGUGAUAGAGAAGAGAAUUACCCUAAGCUUAAAGAGGAGAUUAAAGACUUUCAGAUAGUACAAAAUGGCCAUUAUGUUUCAAGAAUCAGUGACUAUAUCAUAUAUUCAGUCGAGGCUGAGCACAUUGACAAGAUAGUAGCAAUGUAUGGCCCGUCUACCAAAUUGAACGCCAUUGUCGGCGGCCAGACAUCUUGCAAGUAUCAAGAGAUUCGAAGUUUUGAGCGUCACUUACCACCUGAUGUGGAGAUAAUCAGUGUACAUUCGUUGCAUGGACCAAAAGUUGAUACUACUGGCCAACCACUGGUAAUCAUUCAACACCGCUCUAGCGAUGAGAGUCAACAAUUUGUUAACCUGUUGAUGUCUUGCUUAAAAUCCAAGCUUGUGUAUCUUACUUGCGAGGAACACGAUAAGAUAACUGCGGACACACAAGCAGUUACCCAUGCCGCUUUUCUCAGUAUGGGUGUAGCAUGGCAUGCUAGUAAUCAAUAUCCCUGGGAGGUUCCAAAAUGGAUAGGCGGUAUUGAGAAUGCUAAAAUUAAUAUCUCCCUAAGAAUCUACUCUAAUAAGUGGCAUGUGUAUGCUGGAUUGGCUAUCACCAACCCCUCAGCUCACGCUCAGAUAUUGAGAUAUGCCACAUCAUGCUCUGAUCUCUUCACACUCAUGAUCCAAGGAAAAGAUAAGGAGCUUCGAGAGAGGAUAUACACGGCUAAACAAAAGGUGUUUGGACACCUGGGAGAGAAGCACCAGCUCCUAUUAGACGAUAACAUACUUCAGCAAUUUUCAUUGAGCAAGGAGCCUCCAGAAGGCAAGCAACCCAAUUCACACUUAUCUCUUCUGGCGAUUGUGGAUAGUUGGAGCAUGCUCAACAUAGUUCCUUAUGACCACAUGAUCUGCUCCACGCCAGUGUUUCGAACAUUUUUGGGAGUUACUGAGUACCUAUUUUGUACUCCAAAUCUACUAGAUGAGGCUUUGGAUUGUGCUAUAACCAAUACAGAAUUCCGUCAUGAUGACUUGGAGUUUAUUAUUGCUGCUAGAAACUGGUCGCAGAUCGUCUCCAAUGGAGAUUUUAGCGGAUAUAAGAGAGAAUUUGAAAAGACUCAGGAAUUUUUCAAGCCAAUGUUACCUGAAGCCAAUCGUUUGGGCAAUGAAAUGGCCAAGAAGAUUCUAGAGAGAGCCCAAUAG